CUUUGACCAAAUCCGAUCAGUUGACCGUCUGACGUUCAACGUGAAACAUGUUAUUGAGUUUUAAAACAAAUUUAUCUCAAAUUAAAUGUCAAGUGCUAAGUAUACGUGGAGAAAAACGUAUAAGAAACUGUUUACCGUCUUGAUCAAGUGUUAAAUUAGUUGUUUUAUUAGUAAAUUUAAGAAAUAGUGUAUAUUAUUAUUUGUGACCAUGCCGAAAGGAAAACGAAAAGGAAAGUCUGAUCGUAGAUACGAGGGAUCCAUUCAAACAUCCGAUGAGGAAUCUGUAAUCGAUAACGUUAGCUUGAUUAGCGGAUACUCGGAAAAUACAAGCGCCGAAGAUGGUAUCACGGACGAAGUCGACGGAUUCACGCAGCAGGAGGCGUUCGAAGAGAAGCUAAUGGAAGCGAUAGACGGACUCACUCAGAAAUCCGCACAGGGUCGUGCUAAUAGUUUCGAAGCGGUCGCCAAAGCUUUUAUCAAGAAAUAUGUACCAGACUUUGUUCAGGAUAGGAAAUUAACCAUAAUUGAUUGCAUCGAAAGAAGUUUGCGUAAAGGAAGAGGUGUUGAACAGGAGGUCUCUGCAGAAUUAGCACCACUACUAUGUGUUCAACUAGGCGUCGAUGCUAGCAACGAAGUAGUUGCCAAUUUAAAACCUGUAUUGAAAUCAACAGCCAAUGACAACUCUGUGUCCGCAUUAGCCAGGGCCAAGUGUUGUACAUCACUAGCUUUAAUAACUUACUUAUCCGGCGGCGAAAUGGGAGACGUACUAACUUUAAUGCAACAAUUCCAAGUGAUUUUCUCGGGUAGCUAUCUGAAAGGAGAUGGUUCAUUGCCAAAUGUGAAUAGCGACGCCGCCACACUUCACGCCGCAGCGUUAAGUGCUUGGACGCUUCUAUUCACAUUAAUGGCACCCGGUGAUGUAUACACAAUGAUUGGUAACGGUACCAAUUUCACUCCGUCUCUGGUCCAACUUGCACAAUUACUUGCCUCUCCCUUCCUUGAGGUUCGAUUAUCUGCCGGAGAAGCGCUAGCUAUCGUUUUUGAAUUGGGACGAGAGUACCACGAGGACUUUGCCGAAGAGUUUAUACCAGACCUAGUUGACACUUUACGUCAGCUCGCGACUGAUUCGCAUAAAUAUCGCGCCAAAAAAGAUCGGAAACAACAACGCGCGACUUUCAGAGAUAUUCUAUACUACAUUGAGGAGGAUAACUUACAAGAUUUACAAAUACGAUUCGGCAAGGAGAUACUCGUUUUGGACAGUUGGACUCGCAGAAAACAAUACUAUGUGCUUUGUCACACUUUGGGAUCCGGAUUGAACAUGCAUUUAGCCGAAAACGAACUUCUUCGAGAUAUUUUUCAAUUGGGUAACAAACUUAUAAUGGAUACACCGUCAUUAAAGCAAUCGAAAUUGGAGAGGCAUUUGGUAAAUGCGGCCGCUUUUAAAGCUAGAACAAUUUCUCGCAGUAAGAAUAGAGAUAAACGGUCAGAUUUUUGAUUUGUUGUAGUGGAAAUGAAGUAGGUAUCUAUAUCAAAUUAAUUAACAUGAUGUGUAUUUAUUUUUAUUAGUUUGUAAUUAGAAGUAAGUAGACUCAUUGUUGUUGUUUUGAAACUGAGUGUGUCAGUUUAUAAUCAAUCCAAAGUAGUAGUACUAGCUCAUUUUCCAUCUGCUUUGAGCUAACAGCAGUGCUUUUAAUUGGUUUAUUGUACAAUAAAGAAUUCUACCAUGUAA